GACAUUAUCCGGAGUGCAGCCAGCCGCCCACGGAUCUGCUCGGCGAGCGCGUCCGAUGCCAGCAUUCGGCUGACCAGCUCCUGGGGGACAGCGGCUCGGGCGGCAGCCUCUCCAGCCAGUUCGCCUGCUCGGCCGGCAACAGACAGGGCCCCCGGCUGGAGAACGUGCUCGUGCCUAAGCGCGGCAAUGGCAUCAUGGGCCGUGACCAGAGUGCCAUGAAGCAGAAGAAGAAGAACAGCAUGAAGGCCUCCGUGACAUAUACCCGCAGCGGCACGCUGCCCACGAAGACCCGAAAAGCACGUGAGCAAUGGCGCCGCUCCCUCGCCAGCUUCGAGGGGAAGUCUGAGGAGGACAUGGUGUCGAUGCUGAUCGAGGACAACAUCUUGAAUGAUUGGUCGGGCCACAUCUGUCCGCACUGCGGGCAGGGCAAGCUCGGCAAUCGGCGUGUCCAGGCGGACGGGGCGGUGAAGUGGCGAUGCAACAGCGGUCGGCGGCGCGGGAAGCAGGUGGGCGCGUGCCGCGGGCACCCCGUGUUCAGCGACGGCAAUGGACAGAGCAAGAUGUCGCUGAUGAACGAGGUCAAGAUGCUGUUCUGCCUGUUGAUCGGGAGGGCCACCGCGCAGAUCCACCUCCUGCUCAACGUCAAUCGCAAGGCUAUCGACCGCAUGUCCAAGUACCUGGACGCAGCCCGCCAGUGGUUCGUCGAGAAGACGGAGAAGGAGAUCGUGUUCGGGGGCGACGCGCCAGGCCCUGGGGCAAUCGCCAAGUCAGACUUGAAGCCGUUCUUGCUCAGCCGCCUGCAGCGCCAGAAGGUCACCCUCCACUCCGACGGCGCCAGGAGCUACAAUAUUCGGGAGGAUGGGGCCCUACAUGACUGGGUCGUGCACGCGCGGAAGCGCAAGACAAGUGGCGGCAAGUGGGUGUGGCUCAAGCCCGCGUUCACCAAGCUGGCGCGUCACAAACUGCUUGAGGGCGACUCCAUCCUUUGGAAGGGCGGCACGCAGAUCGUGGACAGGGCCCGGCAGUUCUUGAAGGCGCACAUCGGCAGCCGCACUCUGAAGCCCAAGAGCAGGGCGCUGGCCAGCAGGAUUCGCUCGGGACAGUGGGAGUAUUGGAACAAGGGCAACGACCUCUGGGUGGCCACGGGUGACAUGAUCUACGAGGAGAUGAGCGGCGUCUUCCGUUUGCACCCGCUGUCUGUCAUGGCGAGCUUGACGGCUGGCGGCAUCAAGUCAAUGGGAGAGAUCGUCGGCGGCGGCGCCUCCGCAACUGAUCAAAUCAAAACCACGUGGCUGCACAUGGCGGCGGCGCAGCCCUACAAGGCGCUCGACAAGCCCGAGCGUUUCCAAUCAGACCUUCCCGCUGCUUUCGUCCUCCGCGACAUGCCGCUCCAGUGCGCGGACAACGUCGCGAAUGUGAAGCAUUUAGUGGGUUGGGUGACGUUGGGGGAUGGCACCGCGGAGCACUUGGACACAGUCGACGUGUAUGACGCCAUGUGCGGGGGCAACUACAUGGCGCUGCCUUCCCCGUUUAAGCCCAACAAGGAUCCUGGCGAGAUCGCCUUCACCAUGCAGCUGCGCAUCUUGCCGAAGGACGCGAACGGCGAGCAGUGCGCGCUGAAGUGCGCCAGGUUCGACAACAAGGUUCGGACCGACAUUGCCAAGGAUAUCUUCGUUGCAGGCAGGGCGCUCACCAUCCGCGGGGGGAGUUCGGCCGACACUAAGACGCCACUCAAGCUCUUUCACUACAUGGUGGACAGGCUGGGCGGGGUGCAGAUCCGCCAUUGGGUUCAGCCGUCCGCGGCCGCCGCCGUCGGCGGUGGCGGUUGCGACAAGGAGAAGCGAAGGGCGGGCUACCGUUUCAUAGAGGAGUUCGGCCCGAGGGCAACCAACCGCAACCAGCUCGUGGAGUGGACCGACGAACAGAUCAACGACGAGAAGUCGCCGAUCUUUGGCUGGCAGGCAGCGGAAGUCAAGGAGUCGCUCCGCAACUACGCGUCUGGCUCUGUUGGCGCGAGGACACUCGAGCGCUGGGCGAUCACGCUCAAGCACUUCCACCCGUUCGUGUUCGACAUCAUCGUCGCCCCCGUUCUCAAGAGCCACGACGUGCACGGGGCCAUGUGGAUCGGCAAGACCAGGGUCGGCAAAUCCACGGCCGUCGUCACGACGAAGAACAUCGACUUCUUGCGGCUCGGGCCCCGGGCUGUGUACAAGCCCGCUAUCGCGGGCGACACCGUCCUCGCGAAGUGGGCCCCCGGUGAGAUCAAGGCCUUCCUGGGCCCCGCCGAGGAGGACGCGCUGCUGUGGGCGAGGUGGGGCGGCGCCUCCUUCGAGCAGAACCAGUCCCGCCAGAUCUGCGCCAACCCCUACGACCAGGAGUUCGAGAAGAAGGUGCGUUCCAUCCGCAGAGGCCAACAAGUGAUCAAAUUCGACGACUUCUUCAAAAUCAUAAAUCGCAACUUCGUUGGCGAGAAUCAGUGCGGCUACCAGAUGGCGGACGUGGAGGCGUACAUGGCGAGGUCCAACAUCGUGCUCCUCACUGACGACUGGAUGUACCUGUGGCUGGCGUCUACGACUAAGGAUCCAGCCCCCCGCUUCCCGUGGCCAGUGCCCGGGAAGCCAGACCUCUUCACGCCCGAGACCACCCCUAUCCUGAAGCGGUUCAAGAAGGACCAGACCUUCGCGCCGCCCGAUUACGGCGUGCACAUGAAGUGGGCCGUGGCCGCCAUGAAGAAGCUUGCUCGCGGCGAGGGCAUCGGGCGCUCGAGGACGGUUCGCGGCCCCGCGCUCUUCGACCAGGACGCGCCCCCGAGGUAUGAGUUCGUUGCAAUGGACGGUGAAAUGAACGUCGGCGCCGACGCAUCCGCCGCCGCCAGCGCGGCCGCGCCCCCUGCGCCCGCCAUCCCAGGCAACCCAGAUGACGACGACGCCGACUCUGGUCUCGGCGGCGAGAUGAGAGGCGCCGCCGCAGCAGAGGACGAGGAAGACGUCUUCGGCUUCGGCGGCGGGAUGGAUGGCGACGACGGCUCCCCCCCCGCGGCCGUCGCGGCCGCGCCCCCCUCGCCUGCGGCGGCGAUCGAGAGGGAGCCAGGGGUGUCCCGCCAGCGCCUCAAGAAGUCCAAGGAUUGCGUCGUCAUUCAUUUGGACACGCCGACGCCGAAGAAGAAGCGCACGGACCUCGAGGAGGACCUCUCGCAGAUGCUAGAGGACGACGGGGUGACGGGCGCCGCGGCAGCGAGUUCGGGCGCUGGAGUGGGCGCGAGGCGUAACCGCAGCAUGACGCCCCCAGCUUUCUGGUCCAACGGCCGGGUGUGGCACGGGCGCCAGGGCCCGUCGCAAACUCACGACGUGCCAUCGGAGACGCCUGCAAGGUUCCUUGUUGUGUUGCUGAGCAGAAGAAUGGCGGACGGAAUGACCAGAGUGAAUGUCCGCGUAAGCGUGCCAAGGGCGUUCGAGUGGCCGGGGGCGUCGGGCUGGGCGUUCCAGUUCCAGGGCGCGAUCUGCCAUCUGGGGCAGCCAGCUCAUGUCGUGGCCUACUUCGAUUGCCCUGGCGUCGGAGCAGGCGACAACGACAAGCCAGCUCAGGAGGGUACCGCAGUUGGUGCAGUCCCAGAGGCGGAUACGACGCAAGGUUGCCUCUGGACUGGCGUAGACGAGUCUGAGCUUCUCAGCCAUGUUCGCGUCGCGCACGGAGAUGUCGCGCAGCCGAUUGCAGACAUGUAUUCGCCCGCGUUUUCGCUGCAGAAGCGAGCACUCACUGCUUACAGUGAAAUCGUCGCGUACGCUGUGAGGAAGUCGCGGAAAGAGUCUCAGGGGUGGCAGGAGAAUGUGCGAGACAAGUUCAAGAUCCGUUGCGCUGAAUGCUGUGAAUUCCUGAAGACGGAGGCAGAAAUUACGGCGAACCAGUGCGCGACGAAGGGCGCAGGGGAGAAGCUCUGCAAGAAGUGCGCGGGGAAGAGGAACGGCGGAUGGAACAAGUGGAGCCAAUCGCAGAAGGAAGCGGAGCGCGUCUGGCGAGAUUCGAAUUCGCAGCGCAAGCUUGCGUCGCGCUGUGACUACAGGACGAAAUUUCUCGCGGCGAGUCCGGAAGGGUACACAGGUGUCACAGCGGCACCCGGCAACCGCGCGCUGCAGGUCCGUGCUGUCGUUGGAACGCGGCUUGUGCCCGAAGUCGAGGAGACGAUGGUGCUGGGCACGCUGCUGCACCGCACGGGUGCCACAGCCAACGCAGUACAGCACAGAGAGCGCCUCGCUGUCAAGGCCUUCUACGCCACCACUGCGCUCCGAUCACGCGAACUGUCUCUGAAGGAGAGGUUCUCACUGUACUCGGAAACGAUGCCGGCGACGCUGCUGUUCGGUUGCGAGAGCUGGGUGCUCACGAACUCAUUGGUGCUCCGCCUCAAGCAGAUGGAAGGGGGCAUGCUGCGCAAGAUGGCCGGCGUCCGCAAGAAACCAGGAGAAGCCAUAGCUAGGUACUUGCGUCGAGCCACGAAGUCGGCGCGGAAACAGUAUUUGGCUCUCGGGCACAAAAGUGUUAAGGAACGGCUUCUGGAACGACAACAUGGUUUCGUGCUCGACAAUUUCGGGCGUGCUAACGCAGUACCGAGGCAGGUGUCUGCUUUCAUGCACCAUCUACCUGAGACUCAGUGGCGCGACGAAGUCCAGGUCGUCCGACUUGAGCGUAGCUGGCCGAAAACGCCGUGGAAUCAGAUCAAGGAGAAGCCGCGGUGGCGGCAUCGCACCGGCUGGAAACGUGUGGCGACGUACGAAGAUUGUUUCAUCCAUUGGCGCGGCCAGGCAUGGCGCCAAAACAUCCUGAAGACAGCACAGCACACGAGGGGGGACUUUGUCACCGCCGUCCUGGAGCGCUACAGUAUGGGAGGAACCAAACGCUGCUACCGAGUCUCCGCGAGGCACAGGGGAGCGAGGCCGCCGCAGGUGGGACAGUGCUUGGUGCACCACGUGUACCGGGAGAACAACAAGACAGCGGACGCAAUGGCCACGCACGCAGUGGCGGAGCGCCGUUCCCUGCGCAUGGGGCUGGCAGAGGCGCUACCAUGGCAGCCGGCUUGGCCGUGGCGCCUCUCCGCUGCUUUCGACGGUGGCCGCAGAGACACGCACGCCUGCUGCGGCUGGGCCAUCUGGAUCCAGGCCCCGGACAGGCAGCGCUCUCUCUUCCAGGGCUUCAGCUAUCUGGGGAACCAAACGUUCCCAGAGGCGGAGUUGCGCGGCUGCCAGAUGGCUAACCACCAGAACGAGGGUUGCAUUGUCGUCAUCAAUUUCACGAUCUACUUGUUCAAUUUCAUCGUCAUUGUCG